AUGUACCUGCUGCUCUGCAUGCUGGCACUCACAGACAUCAGCAUCUCUACCUGCGUUGUGCCAAAGGCCCUGGGUAUAUUUUGGUUCAAUAUGAAAGUCAUCACAGUGAGUGGCUGCAUCACCCAAAUUACCUUCCUCAGCAUGGCUUUUACAAUGCACUCAUCCAUCCUCGUGACAAUGGCCUUCGAUCGCUACGUGGCCAUAUGUAACCCUCUGAGAUAUGCCACCAUACUCACCCACACACGGGUAGCUACGCUAGGGUUGGUUAGUUUAAUACGAGGGAUUGUCGUUGUGCUGCCUGUGUCCCUCAUGCUGAGCCAACUGCCGUUCUGUGGCAACCGCAUCAUCCCCCAUACGAUCUGUCAGUCUGUUACUGUGGCAAAGAUUUUAUGUGGGGACGUCACAUUCUACAGGCUCUAUGGCUUGCUGAUGACACUUGUACUUGCUGUGUUAGACCUGACACUCAUAGCCCUGUCCUACUGUCUGAUCAUCAGGACCGUUCUUAGAAUCUCCUCCCAGAAAGCCCUCAAAACCUGCACAGCCCACAUCUGUGUGAUGCUGAUGUCUUAUACUCCCUACCUUUUCUCCAUUGUGACAAUUCGGUUUGGUGAGAGCAUCGCUCCUCAUGUUCAAAUCUUCUUGGCCAACAUCUAUGUCCUGGUCCCCACCAUGUUCAACCCAAUCAUUUAUGGAGUCAAAACCCAAGAACUUGGUGAGAAAAUGAGGAAAAACAUCGGCAGAAAGUGA